CCCACGAAUAAGAUGCCGCCUCGAAAGAGAAGUGCGCCUAGCUCUGGCGCCGAUGACGAAGCCGUGCCAAAAAGACGAUCUCUUCGUCAGGCGGCAUCAAAAGGCCGCCAGCCACCCGAUGAGCCAGUCCGUGAGGAACCAACUCCCCCCAAGAAAACAACAGUCAAAGUAGAGGAGAAGAAGCAACCCAAGAAGCCCAAGGCAGCCCCCAAGAGUCGAACAACAACCAAGGUUAAUGCGCCAAAGCCGAAGAAGAAGUCUCAAGAAGAAGAUGCACCUAAAAAGGAGGCUCAGAACAGUGCUCGUGCCGCGUCUGAGGACUCUGAUGUGGACUCGAUCCCAGCGAUUAAUCCUGAAGCUCCCAGACAUGACGGCCAGUGGUACUGGCUGCUGAAGGCUGAACCAGAGACGCGCAUCGUAAAUGGCAUUGAUGUCAAGUUCUCCAUUGAUGACUUGCGGGAUAAGGAUGAGCCUGAAGGAUGGGAUGGCAUCAGAAACUAUGCAGCUCGCAACAACAUGAGAAACAUGAACGUUGGUGAUCUAGCCUUUUUCUAUGCAAGCAACUGCAAAGAGCCUGGCAUCAUGGGCACCAUGGAAAUUGUCAAGGAGUUUUCUGAAGACAAAUCCGCACGGCAACCAGGCGCGCCUUACUACGAUCCCAAGUCGACCAAGGAGAAGCCCAUCUGGGAUCUUGUGCAUGUCGAGUUCCGAAAGAAGUUUGCCGUUCCGAUUCACCUCAAGGAGCUUCGCGAGCUUGGAAAGCCUGGUGGGCCUUUGGAGGCGAUGCAACUCAUCAAGCAGUCGAGACUCAGCGUGACCAAGGUCAGUGCUGAUGAGUGGAACACGCUCUGUGAACUUGCCGACAAGAAGGCAUCUGAGGCUGGGCUAGAACAUCAGGGGCCUAAAUAG